UUGUUCCUCUCUAGCUACGUUCGGAAUGUCCUCUUCUCGCUUCGUUAGCCAGAGCUAUUUGGUUAGCUAGAUAUUUUGUUAGCUAUAUAUUGGACACCUUGUACGGGAUAUAUGGACGUGAUGGAUUGAUAUAACAGGCGAAAACAAUCUGGCAGUAGCAUCAACAUAUUUUUUAAGUGCAACUAUGUUCGGUCGGUCACGGAGUUGGGGAGGAGGGCAGGGGAAAACUAAAAAUAUUCAUUCCCUGGACCAUCUUAAGUAUAUGUACCAUGUCCUAACUAAGAACACGACAGUAACAGACAGCAACAGGAACUUGCUGGUGGAGACCAUUCGUUCCAUCACUGAGAUACUCAUCUGGGGAGACCAGAACGACAGCUCCGUCUUCGACUUCUUCCUGGAGAAGAAUAUGUUUGCGUUCUUCCUGAAUAUCCUUCGUCAGAAGUCCGGUCGUUACGUCUGUGUCCAACUGCUCCAGACACUCAACAUCCUGUUUGAAAAUAUCAGCCACGAGACGUCGCUCUAUUACCUGUUGUCCAACAACCACGUCAACUCCAUCAUCGUUCACAAGUUUGACUUCUCAGACGAGGAGAUCAUGGCCUACUAUAUCUCCUUCCUGAAGACCCUGUCACUCAAACUGAACAAUCACACCGUACACUUCUUCUAUAACGAGCACACUAAUGAUUUUGCCCUGUACACCGAGGCCAUUAAGUUCUUCAACCACCCAGAGAGCAUGGUCCGUAUCGCAGUCAGAACCAUCACACUGAACGUCUACAAGGUCUCAUUGGACAACCAGCACAUGCUCCACUACAUUCGAGACAAGACGGCGGUCCCGUACUUCAGUAACCUGGUCUGGUUCAUCGGCUCCCACGUCAUCGAGCUGGACAAGUGUGUUCAGACAGACCAAGAGCAUCGUAACAGGGGGAAGCUGAGUGACUUGGUAGCAGAACAUCUCGACCACCUCCACUACCUGAACGAUAUCCUGACGAUCAACUGUGAGUUCCUCAACGAUGUCCUGACGGACCACCUGCUCAACCGUCUGUUCCUGCCUCUCUACGUCUUCUCUCUGGUCUGCCCUGAACAGUCUGAAGAUCGUAAGAUCAACCCUCAGGUGUCCCUUAACCUGCUGUCACAGGUGUUUCUCAUCAUCCACUACCAGCCGCUGGUCAACUCUCUGGCUGAAGUCAUCUUCAACGGAGACCUGUCUGUCUUCACACAACACAAAAACACGGUGA